AUGGGAGGAUUCCUUAUUCCCCUGUCAAAACCCAAAUUCAUAAAUGACGAGAAGAAAAGAUGGUAUUCUGAUUCACUCGUGGUACAAGGCACCAUCUUCCCAGCGCCCAAUUUCAACCCCGUCCUGGACGCCCAGGUGCUGGGGGCGGCUCUCCAAGGGUUUGACUGUGACAAAGACGCACUGAUCGGCACCCUCACCCAGCGCUGCAAUGCGCAGCGGCAGAUGAUCGCCGAGGCCUACCGCGACAUGUACGGCCAGGACCUGAUUACGGAUCUGAAGGAGCGGCUUUCUCAUCACUUCAAGCAGGUGAUGGUUGGUCUCAUGUACCCACCGCCGUGUUACGACGCUCAUGAGCUCUGGCACGCUAUGAAGGGAGCGGGCACCGAUGAGAAUUGCCUCAUUGAUAUAUUAGCUUCAAGAACAAAUGGAGAAAUUUUCCAGAUGCGAGAAGCCUACAGUUUGCAGUACAGCAGUAACCUUCAAGAGGACAUUUAUUCGGAGACCUCAGGACACUUCAGAGACACGCUCAUGAAUUUGGCCCAGGGAACCAGAGAGGAGGGAUACGCAGACCCCGCUGUGGCCGCCCAGGACGCGAUGGUGCUGUGGGAAGCCUGCCAGCAGAAGACGGGGGAGCACAAAACCAUGCUGCAGAUGAUCCUGUGCAACAAGAGCUGCCCGCAGCUGUGGCUGGUUUUCCAGGAAUUUCAAAAUAUUUCUGGGCAAGACCUGGUAGACGCCAUCAGUGAAUGUUACGACGGGUACUUUCAGGAGCUGCUGGCUGCGAUUGUUCUCUGUGUUCGAGACAAACCAGCCUAUUUUGCUUAUCGAUUACACAGUGCAAUCCAUGACUUUGGUUUCCAUAAUAAAACCAUAAUCAGGAUUCUCAUUGCCAGGAGUGAAAUAGACCUGCUGACCAUAAGGAAACGCUACAAAGAGCGAUAUGGAAAAUCCCUAUUUCAUGAUAUCAAAAAUUUUGCUUCUGGGCAUUACGAGAAGGCGCUGCUCGCGCUCUGCGCAGGCGACGCGGACGACUACUGA